GACAUUUGCCGCCAUCCUUAAAGAGAUGAGCGCAAAAAAUUGUUUCUAGUUCCUGUUCCAGGGCACGAGACGAGACACGAACAAACUGAACUGAACUGAACUGUCCGCGAGAUCGCGUUUUACUGGAGACGACAGUCCAUUCUGCGUGGUUUUCUUGAGAGAUCUGGCAACCGAGUUACAGUGCGUGUACCUACAAUAUGGCAGCGUGCGAGCUGCAGGGAGAGCUGAAGUACCGAGAUGGACGGACAAGCCAGUUUACAGUACCAGCAGAUGGCAGUUUGAAAGCAAUGAUAACUGGCAUCAAGAAAUUAAAUGCUGAUAUAUCUGAAGUUUUGACCACUCUUGUUGAACAAGAAAGAGGCUCAGUGGAAAACAGCACAGCGGAUGUAGAUGAUGAAGAAGAAGCGGACAGUGAUGAAGAGGAGAGGACUACAGAAAUGGCCACCAAAAAGUCAAACUCAGAGCCUCCAAAAAAGCGGAUGAAAACCUUGCGUUCUUGAUCUUCACAUCUUUCAUUGUUUUGUAAUUGGCGUUUACUACAUAAAGAUGUGUUGUUACAUCAGUAUCAGUAAAAACUUUUAUGUCAGUCAAGACUCAAGACUAUUUCAAGACUAUUUGCUGAAAUUUUGCCUUAAUUUGUUCCCAUUUUUGUUUAUGCAGUUUUUUUUUAUUUUUCAUAACUUCAGGUUCCAGUAAAAGGUGAAAGUAUAACUGUGUAAAAGGAAAAGUGUUUUAUCAAUACAUUAAAAAGUUACAAAUUGACAGUUGUUAUCAGUACUGUGGCUUCUUCAGCUAACAGGUGAUAAUAAACCACGGUGCAAUAAACUGGGUUCAAACAGUCUAGUAAAA